UUGUAGUUAUUAUUGUUAUGACUGUAAUUUUGAUUGUGUUAUAUAAAUCUAAAUGUUAUAAGAUUAUUCAUGCUUGGCUAAUGUUAAGUUCCUUGAUGUUACUCUCCAUGUUUACGUUGUCUUUUAUUGAAGAAUUAUUUCGCAACUACAACAUUCCAAUUGAUUAUAUUACUCUUGGAAUAUUUCUUUGGAACUGGUGUGUUCUUGGCAUGAUUUGUAUUCAUUGGCAAGGACCUUUACUUCUCCAACAGUUUUAUUUGGUUUCUGUGUCUGCAUUAAUGGCUUUAAUGUUUAUUAAACAUUUACCGGAAUGGUCUGUUUGGUCAAUUUUGGCUGUGCUUUCAAUUUGGGAUUUGGUUGCUGUUUUGUGUCCAAAAGGGCCUUUGAGAAUUUUGGUGGAAACUGCGCAGAAGAGAGAUGAACCUAUUUUCCCUGCUUUAAUAUAUUCUUCUGGUAUUCUCUAUAUGUACACUUUAACGGGAAUGGGACAAGUUAAUAAUGCUGUUGAUUAUGAAAAUGAAGAAGAAGAACAACAAAGAGAAGAAAAUGAACAAGAACAAUUACCAAGUACUUCAACUAACAACAACAACAAAACUCGUACAAAACGUGAAGGAAGUGCAACAUCUACAGAUGGAUUAUUAGAAAAAGAUGAAAAAAUUGAAUCAAUUAAAAGAGAAGAAAGUAGUGGAGAACAGAGUACAAGUAGAUCAAGAAGUGCUCCAGGUCGUCCAACAUCGUCCUCCAAAAGACAAAAUGUCACAACAUCUGACGAUACAAUUAUCACAAUUAUUGGAAGCAGCAAUGAUGGGGCAGGAACUUCUUCAUCCCAACCAACAACUAGUAAAGAAAGUGGUCGUUCUCUUCGACGCUCUCGUUCAGCACAAAAUUUUGGUGGCGCAGAGGAAAAUGAUUUGGUUGAAGAACGUGGAGUUAAGCUUGGUUUGGGUGAUUUUAUUUUCUAUAGUGUAUUGGUAGGAAAGGCUAGUAGUUAUGGUGAUUGGAAUGUUACAAUUGCUUGUUAUGUCUCGAUUCUUGUGGGUCUUGCUUUUACAUUAAUGCUCCUUGCAUUGUUCCGCAAAGCGUUGCCAGCCUUGCCAAUUUCUAUUUUUGCUGGAAUAACUUUCUUUUUUGGAACACGAUGGCUUAUUACUCCAUUAAUGAAAGAAAUUGCUUUACGACAAUUAAUACUUUAAAAAAUUUUAUUUUGUAAAAAUAUUUUUUAUAAAAUUUUGAAUUUAUUUUUUUGCUGCUUUAAUAGGUAUCGAGAAUAAUUUAUAAUUACAAACAAAAAAUAAAACUUUUGAAAAAAUUAAGAAUAUUAGCAAAAUUAUAAAAAGUUAAUUGAUUUUGAACGGAGUGUCCAGGUUUUAAUCUCAAUUUUUAAAAAUCAGCGGCUGUAGUCUCCUUUGUCUGUUUCCAGCUCUUUCCAUCUCUUCGCCUUCGUCUUUUACUAUCAGUGUACGAUUCGUGAAGAAUAGGAAGAAAAAUAGACAGGGUAAACAGAGAAAAUUGCCAGGUGGGUUUCUUGAGGAUUAAAAAGUAGAGGGAAGUUGUUCGCGAAGAAAUUUUAAAUAAAGUGAAAAUGAAGCAAAUGUGUAACAAUUGGAUAAAAAAAUUUUGAUUUUCUAA